AUGGCUGCCGCUAACGCUCCGAUCAUCAUGAAGGAGAUCCUAACGCUCCCGAGCGUUGGGAUCAAUCAGCAACAUAUCACCUUUACGCAUGUUACAAUGGAGUCGGACAAGUACAUUUGUGUGAGAGAAACUUCGCCGCAGAACAGUGUUGUGAUUGUAGACAUGAGUAUGCCUACGCAGCCUUUGAGGAGGCCUAUCACUGCAGAUUCCGCACUAAUGAAUCCCAACACAAGGAUUCUUGCGUUGAAAGCUCAACUACAGGGCACCACUCAGGAUCAUCUACAGAUAUUCAACAUUGAGGCUAAAUCGAAAAUUAAAUCACAUCAGAUGCCUGAGCAGGUCGUGUUUUGGAAGUGGAUUUCCCCAACUAUGUUGGGUUUGGUCACACAAACCUCUGUAUAUCAUUGGUCAAUUGAGGGUGAUUCUCCACCUGUUAAGGUGUUUGAUAGGACAGCGAACUUGGCAAACAAUCAGAUUAUAAACUAUAAAUGUGAUCCCUCUGAAAAGUGGCUAGUCUUGAUUGGAAUUGCCCCUGGUUCACCUGAGAGACCACAACUGGUGAAAGGGAAUAUGCAGCUUUUUUCUGUUGAUCAGCAGCGUAGUCAAGCCCUUGAAGCUCAUGCUGCUUCAUUUGCUCAGUUUAAGGUCCCUGGAAAUGAAAAUCCAUCUACUCUUAUUUCAUUUGCAACGAAGAGUGUUAAUGCUGGGCAGAUAACCUCUAAGCUGCAUGUGAUUGAGCUUGGUGCCCAACCAGGAAAACCAUCUUUUAGCAAGAAGCAAGCAGACCUCUUUUUCCCUCCGGAUUUUCAAGAUGACUUUCCAGUUGCUAUGCAGGUAUCUCAAAAGUACGGUUUGAUUUACGUCAUCACCAAGCUUGGGCUACUAUUUGUGUACGAUUUGGAGACAGCUACUGCUGUGUACAGAAAUCGAAUAAGUCCAGAUCCCAUAUUUUUGACUUCUGAUGCCUCAGCAGUCGGGGGUUUUUAUGCAAUCAAUAGGAAGGGGCAAGUCCUUCUUGGAACCGUUAAUGAUGCAACUAUAAUACCUUUUGUUAGUGGCCAGCUGAACAAUUUAGAGCUUGCUGUCAGUCUUGCGAAAAGAGGGAACCUUCCUGGAGCAGAAAACUUGGUUGUCCAACGUUUCCAAGAGCUUUUUGCGCAAACAAAGUAUAAAGAGGCUGCUGAGCUUGCUGCAGACUCUCCUCAGGGAAUACUUCGAACACCUGAUACAGUUGCUAAAUUUCAGAGUGUUCCUGUUCAAGCGGGGCAAACACCUCCUCUGCUACAGUACUUCGGGACUCUCUUAACUAAAGGGAAGCUUAACGAGUAUGAGUCCUUGGAACUUUCUCGCCUUGUUGUGAACCAAAAUAAAAAGAAUCUUCUGGAAAAUUGGUUGGCAGAGGACAAAUUGGAAUGCAGUGAGACGCUAGGAGACCUUGUGAAGACUGUGGACAAUGAUCUUGCGCUGAAAAUAUACAUUAAAGCGAAGGUGACCCCCAAAGUUGUUGCUGCCUUUGCAGAAAGGAAAGAGUUUGACAAAAUUUUAAUCUACUCGAAGCAGGUUGGGUACACACCUGACUACCUCUUUCUCCUGCAAACCAUUCUUCGUACAGAUCCUCAGGUCAGUGGAAUAACUCUUUGGAGACUAACUAAUAACUUGAGAAACCGUAUGAAUCGGGCGGGGCGGGUGGAGAAGAUCCGAGAACAGGCGGGUUCGGGUUUGGAUUCGGGUUAG